AUGCAGAGCAAAAUACAAAUUAUAUCGACGGAAUCCGAAGACGCCUCUUCCCACCAAACACAAGCCGAAAAUGAAGGUUCCACUUUCGAAAAUGCAGUCACGUUGACAGGAUUUGGAAAGUUCAACGUAAUUCUAAUUUUGGUGAUAAUACCAGGUAUUUGGGCUCCCAUAUUUGAAACAACUACAAUGUCAUACAGUUUUGCUGCUGCGCAUUGUGACUUGAAGCUGUCACUGGAAGAUAAGGGAUAUUUAAAUUCCAUUACAUACCUAGGUAUGGUAUUAAGUGCUCCGGUAUGGGGGUUUCUUUUUGACACGCUUGGAAGAAGAAAACUUCUAAUCGGAGGCUACUUGCUGGAUGCCUUGUUUGUCUUUAUAAGUGCAUUUACACAAAGCUUCAUUCCUCUAAUGAUAUGCAAAUUUUUUGGAGGUCUCAUAAUUAAUGGACCAUACGCUGCUAUGAUCACCUACGUUUCAGAAUUUCAUUGCUUUAAAUAUAGGCCUAGAAUACAACUUGUGAUUGGAACCAUGAAUUCUUUAGGAAGUGUAGCCCUCCCACUGCUUGCGUGGUGGAUUUUACCCCUGGCACUGGACUUAUCGUUUUUAAAUGGAUAUAUCAAGCUACACUCGUGGAACGUGUAUUUACUUAUUUGUGGUUUGCCUGCAUUUUACAGUGGAAUAGCAUUCUUAUUUCUUCCUGAAAGCCCAAAAUUUUUGAUGACCAUCGGAGAAAAUGAAAAGGCAUUAACAGUUUUUCAAAAGGUGUACAGUAUUAAUACUGGGAAGCCCGCUGACUCGUUCCCUAUAAAACAGCUUGUGGACGAAACUAAGAUUAACGAUGAUAAUAAACAUGGAGGUCAUGUAACAGCUAACAGGACCAAAGUUCAAGCAUUGAAAGAAGGGUGGCAGCAAAUUACCCCUCUAUUUUAUUCUCCAUUAGUAUCAAAACUAUUUUUGGUAUGUUUUAUACAACUAUGUGUAAUUCAAAGUCAUAACAUGAUACGGUUAUGGACACCACAAAUUUUUCAAGCCAUCGAUGAUUAUGAACAUUACUAUAACGGCUCUAGUGCUAGUUUGUGCACAAUGUUAGAGCUUCUAAAACCGACACCCGUAUCUGAAGAAUGUGUUGUUAACUUGAACAAUUCCAAGGUAUACAUUAACUCCAUUAUAGUAGCUGCUGUAACAAUGUUAGGAUUCGGCCUAACAGGAUUUGUUAUAAAUAUAUUAGGCAAAAAAAAAUUAAUGAUUAUAUUUGGUUUUCUCGCUGGCGUUAUUAGUUGUUUACUAUACCUUUCGCAGAAUACUUUUACAACUGUAGCGUUGUCUUCAAUAUUUACAACUCUCACAAGUAUUUAUUCCUAUGUUGUUCUAGCUGCCAUAGUGGACUUAUUUCCCACAACUUUAAGAACACUAACUGUUGCUCUAACCAUGAUGAUGGCUAGGGCAGGCGCCAUGUGUGGAAAUUUAUUGUUUCCGGUUCUACUUCGACUAGGUUGUGAACCUCCAUUCUUUUAUAUUGGUGUCACCAUAAUAGUUAGUGCAAUAUUUUGUUUCCUGAUGCCUAAUACAGACAACAAACCCUUGAAAUAAUAAAAAUAUACCUACGUGGUAUCCAUAGGAAAUACAUAUAUAUGUUAUAGUUUUUUUAGAAAAUAUAUUUAUAUAUUUUAUAUUUUA